AUGGGAGUCCAGCGGAGAACGCGACGCUUCGGGCAGGUCAAGCGAGCCAUCUCGCGGCGCGACAGCCGCCUGAAGCAAAACCAAGCAAACGAGGAGGCGAAACACAAGAAGCCGCCCAAAGAUGAUGUGGUCCGCGAGAUACCGCAGGUGUCGUCCGCCCUCUUCUUCCAGUACAACACCUCCCUCGCCCCGCCGUACUCGGUGCUCGUAGACACCAACUUCCUCUCCCAUACCGUGCAGCAUAAACUCGAGGUCAUUCCCACCAUGAUGGACUGCCUGUACGCGAAGUGUAUCCCCAUCAUCACCGACUGUGUUUUGGCCGAACUUGAGAAGCUGGGGCCCAAGUACCGCCUGGCCUUGAGAAUAGCUAAGGACCCCAGAUUUGAGCGCAUCAAGUGCGACCACAAGGGCACGUAUGCUGACGACUGCAUUGUCGAUCGCGCCAUCAAACACCGGAUUUACAUCGUCGCCACUAACGACCGUGAUUUGAAGAGACGCAUCAGGAAAAUUCCCGGUGUUCCCAUUAUGAGCGUCGCCAGAGCGAAAUACGUUAUUGAAAGGCUCCCAGACGCUCCUGAAAAGUGA